UAAAUUUUAUCGGUUCUGAAAUCCACAAUGGCAUUCCAUGUGGGACGUCUGCUAGUGUUCUCUCUGCUUAUCCUGUUGCUGCAGCUGAGCCUCAACUGCGAGGCUAGACCAAAGGGCGAUGGAGAUGGUGAAGACGAAGGAGAUGACGAUGAUUCCUCGUCGGAGGAAACCGUUGAGGAUUCCGAAGAGCGGCGACGUCGUCGUCGGGAUGUCAGCGCCAACAAUUCGGUUGGAGGUCGAGCUGGCAUCCCUGGAUUGCCCGAUCCGGCUACGAUUAUAAAGAUAGCACAACUCUUCCAAUCGGUGGGUGAACAGAUUGUCCCCAUUCUUCUGGAGGCUGUGCUUCCUGGCGGCGAGGCAACUGGCGAUCGAUUCACCAGGGAUCUGCAGCUGCUCAAGAAUGCAAAGCGCAGCCUCGAGCUCUACUCCGAUGAGUUGCAGUCGAAGGCAAUGAAUUAAAGUGCAAGAAGACCCGAACUUUGACGACGAAGAAGACGCGAAUAUAAGUAAGAAUU